CGACUCCGAAAAUAGACGAGUCUAUGUCAGCCGUGGUCACAAGCUUAUCAGGUGACUGACACAACACCUGCCUAUAGCAUUACAGGUCAGGGUCACUGGACAGGCAGUCAAGACGACGCAGACAUGUCGACGAAGUCGCAAGGGAAUUUUGUACAUUGCCCCGUUUGUAGAACAAGCCACGUUCCCACCAACGGAGCACUGAAGAAUGGCGUCUAUGCUUCUACCUGUGAAAACUGUGGCCACUUCUUCAAGUUCAAGGCCACAGGUCCUCUCAAGUCUUCUGUCACGUUAACCAUCAACGGGACUUCCUUCACAGUUGGCAACGAAUAUGCCGCAGCCCUGUCCCUGAAUGAGUUCAUGAGGUCCCAGGGUGUGUCCUAUGGCACCAAGGUGAUGUGUAUGGAGGGAGGGUGUGGCGUGUGCCUCGUCACUACCACACUGUAUGAUCCCAUCACAAAGGCCGUGCAGACCUACACAGUCAACUCGUGUCUGGUACCUCUGUACACGUGUGACGGCAUGCAAGUGACAACCAUCGAAGGUCUGGGCAACCCCAGGGAUGGCCUACACCCGAUACAAGACCGUCUGGCACAGUACAAUGGCUCUCAGUGUGGCUUCUGUAGCCCCGCCCAGGUCAUGAAUAUGUAUGGUCUUCUGAAGAGGACACCCAAACCCACCAUGCAGCAGGUCGAGAAUGCUUACGAUACUUCCAUCUGCCGGUGUACAGGGUACCGACCAAUUCUGGAUGCAAUGAAGUCUUUCGCUGCUGAUGCUGCACCAAACCUUCUUGGAGGUGCCAUAGACAUCGAGGAACUGGACAAGAAGAUAUGUAGCAAGACCGGGAAGACCUGCACAGGACGCUGUUCAUCUGAGAGACAGACUGACCCGGAGCAGGUGCCCCUCAACAUUGUGCUGCAGGGGUCACAGUGGUACAAACCCACCACCAGGCAGCAGCUCUACGCCCUCCUCGGCCAACACCAGGGAGACAACUACAGACUUGUGUUCGGGAAUUCUGGAUAUGGUGUCUAUAAGGAGAUCGGUCCAUGGAUGUAUGAUGUCCUCAUUGAUCUGCGUGGAAUCCAAGAGUUUUAUGACAUUUCCAUUGACUCCUCCAAAGUGAUGUUUGGACCUAGCAUCACUCUGACCAACAUGUUGGAAGUCUUUGAGAAAAACAGCACCAACCCUGCUCUGUCUUACUUCCGGGACUUCGCCAGCCAUGUGGCUGUUAUUGCUAACACCGGAGUUAGAAACUUGGGAAGCUGGGCCGGUAACCUGAUGCUGAAGAACCUCCACACUGAGUUCCCGUCUGAUGUCUUCACCAUUUUUGAGUCAGUCGGAGCAACCUUGUCGAUCGGAUCAAGUGAUGGCACAGAAAACACCUACAGUCUCAUGGACUUCCUGAACCUAGACAUGAAGGGCAAGGUCAUCCUGUCUGUCACACUCCCAGCAUUCCCAUCAGGAGACGUCUAUGUCAAGACCUUCAAGAUUACCCCAAGACACCAGAACGCCCACGCCUAUGUGAACGCAGGCUUCAGGAUGCAGCUGGACAGAAGUAACAACUUCCUGGUCAAGACAAAACCAUCCCUGGUGUAUGGCGGCAUCAGUAAAACGCUGGUCCAUGCCACCAACACAGAGACGUACCUUCAGGGCAAGCAAUUGGGAGAUCCAGCCGUACUCAACAGUGCUAUAACGACUCUGUCUGCGGAGCUGGUUCCCGACACCACCCCUGGCUUGUCCAGUACAACCUACAGGAAGAGCCUGGCCAUAUCUCUCUUCUAUAAGUGCGUGCUCGGCAUGUGUGGUGAGAAAGCAGCGGCAAGAUUCCAGAGUGGAGGUACCAACUUGAUACGGCCUGUGUCUUCAGGCACUCAGACAUAUGGCAGUCGUAAAGAUGAAUAUCCCCUGACUAAGCCAAUGACCAAGGUGGACGCGACCCUACAGACAUCAGGCAGGGUGCAGUACGUCAAUGAUGUACCUCCUGUUCAAAACGAAGUCUUCGCAUCCUUUGUCAUCACCAGCGUCGGCAACGCUGACAUCGACAGCGUCGACACUUCUGAUGCCCUGAAAUAUCCAGGAGCCCUGAAGUACAUCUCUGCCUCUGACAUACCUAAGGGAGGCAGCAACAGCUUCCGACAGCCAGGAGCUGGUGUGGAGGAGAUCUUUUGCAGUGGCCAGGUACUUUACAGCGGUCAGCCAGUUGGUAUCAUCGUUGCAGUGGACCAACUAUCAGCUGACACAGCAGCCAGCAUGGUGAAGGUUACCUACAAGAACGUCCAGCCCCCCAUCAUUACAAUGGAAGAUGCUAUUCAGAAGAAGUCAGUAUUUCCAAAUGUUGCCCAGGAGUUCAAAGUUGGUGAUGCUGCAGCCGCAAUUGCUUCAUCGGACAAACAGAUUUCAGGCCGUAUUAAGAUGGGUCAUCAGUACCAUUUCCACAUGGAAACGCAGGUGAGCAUCUGCUACCCAGCCGAAGACGGCACAGGCGUGAGUCUUCUGUCAUCCACACAGUGGACGGAUCUAGAACAGCUGAUUGUAGCCAAAGCUCUCAACAUCCCAGAAAGCAGUGUCAACGUGGAGGUCCGACGCCUGGGGGGAUCGUACGGUGCCAAAAUAACACGUGCUCAUUUAACGGCUUGUGCUGCUGCUCUCGGCACCCACGUCAUGAGAAGACCAGUUCGACUCAGUAUGAACUUCCACACCAACAUGAAGACUAUCGGGAAACGUUUCCCUUAUCUGGCGGAUUACACAGUGGGCGUGACAAAUGCUGGUAAACUGACAGGAAUCCAAUACACCGUGAAUGCUGACUGCGGUAUGUCCCCAAAUGACUGUUCGCUGGCUUCUUUCCCACAAUGGAUGGACAAUGCCUACUACUGUCCCACCUGGGAUUUCAAACCAGUCGCCCUUAAGACGAAUCUCCCAACGAACACAGCUUGUCGAGGACCAGGGUCCACUCCUUCCAUCUUCAUCAUGGAGGCGAUGAUGGAUCACGUCGCCAAAGUCCUGAACAUGGAUCCUCUGGAGUUCAGGAAGAUAAACCUGUUCACCAAGGGUCAAAAACAUUUUCAGAAAAGUGCAAAUGGAAUGGUUUUGCAAUAUUGCAACAUCACAGACAUGGUGGCUCAGCUAGAGACGUCGGCUGAUGUCCAGAACAGAAAACAACAGGUCACAGCUUUCAACCAGGCGAACAGAUGGAAGAAGAAGGGAGUUUCCGUGAUGCCUCUCCGGUGGGACCUGAACUACGCGAACGCCAACUACAACGUCUACCUGACCAUCUACCACGGCGACGGCUCCGUCGCUAUAUCAAUCGGGGGUGUGGAGAAUGGCCAGGGAAUAAAUACCAAGAUGAUGCAAGUCUGUGCCUUUGAGCUGGGUAUUCCCAUGGACACAAUAAAAGUGAAACCGACGACAACCCUGGCUGAUUCCAAUUCCAUCACUACUGGAGGCAGCAUCACCAGCGAGGUCAAUGCAUUGGGAGUCAUUCAGUGCUGUCAGCAACUAAAGACCCGGAUGGCCCUGGUCAAGGCCAAGAUGGUAAACCCCUCCUGGCAGCAGCUGGUAGCUAAGUGCUACAGCGAAGGGAUGGACCUUUCUGCCAGAAGCUUCACCAAUCCAACUGGCGUCAGUACCAACUACAAUAUCUACGGUGCAACGUGCACAGAGGUCGAGGUGGACGUUCUGACUGGGGAGAACCAGAUAAAUAGAGUUGACAUCCUGUAUGACUGUGGGGAGAGCAUGAACCCUGAGAUCGACGUUGGACAAGCAGAGGGAGCCUUUGUGAUGGGCCUGGGCUACUGGAUGACCGAACAGAUGAUCUUUGACCCUAAGACUGGCACCGCCUUAACUGCUGGAACCUGGGAAUACAAGCCACCUCUUGGAAAAGAUAUUCCCAUCGACUUCCGCAUCCAGUUUUUGAAGAAUGCUCCGAACCCUAGAGGUGUCCUAAGGUCGAAAGCUGUAGGCGAGCCGCCGCUGUGUAUGGCUGCAUCAGCGUUGUUUGCUGUGAAACACGCCAUCGAGGCUGCCAGAAAUGAAAUAUCAAAGGACACAUACUUCCCUCUCGACGGUCCAGCAACGGUGGAGAUGAUCCAGGCUGCCUGCCUAGUUGACAACUCUCAACUGGUGUUCGGGACAUGAAUACGAUCAGCUGCCCCAAGAGACAUUGAUAAGCUCGUAAAAGAGACAUAGAUAAGCAUGAAAUACCAAUGAGCCUGCGGAGGGAAGUGAAUCGGUUUAAUGUUUGUAAUACGGAUAAGUUUUGGAGAGCUAUUGGGACGCAAAAUAAAUGUGCUUGCGUGCGUGUGUUUGGUGCGCGUGUGUAUAUGCGUCGCAGUCUAAUUUGUUGUUAAAAGUUGUUGAUUGUUGGUAUAAUCAGAUUCCGAAGUAUUUUGUAUUUUUCACUGUGCUUGAGUACUUAUUUGGCUCACCGCAUUGAUAAUCAUUUCUCAGAAAGACACCUGAAAUUGUUCAACUGUUACAUUUAGUUCAUGAAGCAAACUGCUGUCCUGGUCCUCCAUAUUUAUUCACAUCUUUAUCAACUGUCGUGAUGACGUAAUGACGCAGAUCUACUUCAGUGCUGGGCCCCGUUCCU